AUGCUUGACAGGAGGGAUAAUAUCGAGCCAUGCCACACGAAUACCUGCAAAUGGAUUUUAGACCUGGAAGAAUACCAGUCCUGGAGGAGCCAGUCCAACGGUCUUCUCUGGAUUAAGGGCAAGCCAGGUGCUGGAAAGUCGACCUUGAUGGUAUUCCUGCACGAUAAACUAAUAUCAGAGGAUAAUGGUUCUGGUAUUCGCCUCGACUUUUUUUUCACCGCUCGGGGUACAGAGAUGCAACGUACACCACUAGGAAUGCUGAGAUCAUUACUGAACCAGAUUUUCGACCGCGAUCCGAUUAUACGUUCUCAGAUACGUGAUACAUACGACCGGCGAUGUAAGCAGUUUGGGUAUGGCAAACGCCAAUGGGAAUGGCCACAGGUGAUACUAGAAGAGUUACUAGCAAGUGCCAUUCUGGCAUCAGCUAGCCGGCAGCACGUGAUAGUUUUUGUGGAUGCUCUUGACGAGGCUGGGGCUAAACCUGCUCAGCAGCUGGCAGAAUAUUUCCAUCGGCUCGUUGAUCGCGCCGAUAAAAAGAAGCUAUGCAUCCGAGUUUGUAUCUCAUGUCGACACUAUCCUAUCAUGGAGAGUGGUCAGGCUAUAGAGAUAAAGGUUGAAGAUCACAAUCAGCGAGACAUCGCCACAUAUAUCCAGGAUAAACUUAUCAAGACAGAGACCAAUGACAACACCAGCCAGAAGAUGAGGGAAAUGCUAGUCGAGCAAUUGAUCCAGCAAGCGAAUGGAGUUUUCCAAUGGAUUCAUAUUAUAAUCCCCCUUAUCGAGCAGAAGGUUCGUGAAGGAGAAUCGUUUAACGACAUAUGUUGCUGGUUACACGAGGUGCCAGCUGGCCUGGAAGAUGUUUACACGUAUAUUCUGAACGACGUGAUAGAGAAGAGAAACCGCGAGCAGUCAUUUGUCUUCUUUCAAUGGGUAUGUCUGGCUGAGCGACCCCUCACGGUGGCCGAGAUGCGGUAUGCUCUAGUGGUUAAGAAUGUGCGGGAACCGCUAUCUCCAAAGAAAUGGGAGAGGAUCUCCGGUUUUAUCGAAAGCAACAAACGAAUGCUGCAAAGGAUCAAGGCUCUUUCUGGUGGACUAGCCGAAGUAGUCCAAAGCGAGGAUAACAAUGUUACUGUACAGGUCGUCCACCAAUCGGUCAAUGAUUACCUGCGCACAAAAGGGCUCAAGGUUUUGUGCCAUAAUAUCGGUAUGAGCAUUUCGUCCAUGAACGAGGAUAAGAUUUUUUCUCAAUGCCACGCAACUCUCUACCGGUCAUGUUUAGUUUAUCUUGCAACAGCCCAUAUACUAGCAGGAACCACUGAGAUCAAAGAAACUGAAGAGGCUUUCAUCCAAGAUCGUCCGUUACUUGAAUACGCCACUAUCAAUCUCUUUGUUCAUGCAGAAAAGGCUGCCGACUCUCGAUGCGACAUGAUCCAGAAUGAGAAAGAUAUCCUGGAACGUGUGCUCUGUUUUUGGGUCCAGAUUUACCGGAACUUACAUAAGUAUAGCAGAGCAUGCCCCCCAGAAGGCACAAAACUGUUACAUAUGGCUGCUGCUGCCAAUCUAGUGGAUCUCAUAGAGCCUGUGGUGUCAGAUACUAGGGAUACUUCGAUAAGGAACGGAGAUGGAGAUACAGCGUUACACUUGGCAGCCCGAUGGGGUCAUGUCACAGCCGGGAAAAUACUCCGUAGGAAGGGAGCAGACCAAGGGGCAAAGAACCACAGCAGAAAGACACCAUUAUCCGAGGCAGCCAGUGGUGGCCAUUUAGAAUUUGUCGAAUGGCUCUUAGAUGAGGGCGUGGAUCUGGGUCUAACGGGAGAUGGAGGUGCGCUACAGGCAGCUUCUUUGGGAGGCUACGAGAGUAUUGUGGAGAUACUUCUCGGAGCUGGCGCCAUUGCUAAUGCCCAGGGUGGUAUAUACGGCAAUGCUCUACAGGCCGCUGCAUACAAUGGAAACUCUGAGACAGUGCAGAUACUGCUCGGAGCUGGCGCCGAUGUCAGUGCCCAGGGUGGUCUCUACGGCAAUGCUCUACAGGCCGCUGCAUGGGAUGGACACUCUGAGACAGUGCAGAUACUACUCGGCGCUGGCGCCGAUGUCAGUGCCCAGGGUGGUCUCUACGGCAAUGCUCUACAGGCCGCUGCAUAUAAUGGACACCCUGAGACAGUGCAGAUACUGCUCGGAGCUGGCGCCGAUGUCAAUGCCCAGGGUGGUGAAUACGGCAAUGCUCUACAGGCCGCUGCAUACAAUGGAAACUCUGAGACAGUGCAGAUACUGCUCGGAGCUGGCGCCAAUGUUAACGCCCAGGGUGGUGAAUACGCCAAUGCUCUACAGGCCGCUGCACGGAAUGGAAGUCCUGAGACAGUGCAGAUACUGCUCGGAGCUGGCGCCGAUGUCAAUGCCCAGGGUGGUAAAUACGGCAAUGCUCUACAGGCCGCUGCAUACAAUGGAAACUCUGAGACAGUGCAGAUACUGCUCGGAGCUGGCGCCGAUAUCAGUGCCCAGGGUGGUAAAUACGGCAAUGCUCUACAGGCCGCUGCACUAAAUGGAAACUCUGAGACAGUGCAGAUACUGCUCGGAGCUGGCGCCGAUGUCAGUGCCCAGGGUGGUGAAUACGGCAAUGCUCUACAGGCCGCUGCACUAAAUGGAAACUCUGAGACAGUGCAGAUACUGCUCGGAGCUGGCGCCGAUGUCAGUGCCCAGGGUGGUCUCUACGGCAAUGCUCUACAGGCCGCUGCAAACAAUGGAAACUCUGAGACAGUGCAGAUACUGCUCGGAGCUAGCGCCGAUGUCAGUGCCCAGGGUGGUCUCUACGGCAAUGUUCUACAGGCCGCUGCAUACAAUGGACACCCUGAGACAGUGCAGAUACUACUCGGAGCUGGCGCCGAUGUCAGUGCCCAGGGUGGUCUCUACGGCAAUGCCCUACAGGCCGCUGCCGCUGCAUGGAGAAAUAGCCCUGAGAUAGUGCAGAUACUGCUCGGGGCGGGCGCCGAUGUCAAUGCCCAGGGUGGUAUAUACAGCAAUGCUCUACAGGCCGCUACACUAAAAGGAAACUCUGAGACAGUGCAGAUACUGCUCGGAGCUGGCGCCGAUGUCAGUGCCCAGGGUGGUGAAUACGGUAAUGCUCUACAGGCCGCUGCAUACAAUGGAAACUCUAAGACAGUGCAGAUACUGCUCGGAGCUGGCGCCAAUGCUAACGCCCAGGGUGGUGAAUACGGCAAUGCUCUACAGGCCGCUGCAUACAAUAGAAACUCUAAGACAGUGCAGAUACUGCUCGGAGCUGGCGCCGAUGUCAGUGCCCAGGGUGGUCUCUACGGCAAUGCCCUACAGGCCGCUGCCGCUGCAUGGAGAAAUAGCCCUGAGAUAGUGCAGAUACUGCUCGGGGCGGGCGCCGAUGUCAAUGCCCAGGGUGGUAUAUACGGCAAUGCUCUACAGGCCGCUGCACUAAAAGGAAACUCUGAGAUAGUGCAGAUACUGCUCGGAGCUGGCGCCGAUGUCAGUGCCCAGGGUGGUAAAUAUGGCAAUGCUCUACAGGCCGCUGCAUACAAUGGACACCCUGAGACAGUGCAGAUACUGCUCGGAGCUGGCGCCAAUGUUAACGCCCAAGGUGGUGAAUAUGGAUCACCUCUCUUGGCGGCUGUUCGUGGGGGUUAUGAUGACAUAGUUCAACUUCUUCUUCGCGAUGGAGCAGAUGCGCUACUUACAGAUGAACUGAGCCAGACCCCUCUUCACAUCGCGGCUUCAAAAAACAGGCUCGACAUACUCCGCCGGUUUCCAAAAAUAGCGUUAGCCCUCAACAACCGUAGUGACUUCUUACAAACUCCCCUCCACCUGGCAGUUUGUCAUGGUCACAUUAGUUUUGCUAUUGCCCUUCUCAAUUCCGGCGCUGAUCCUUCCAUCCCAGAUGGGAAUUACACAAUCACUGCCCUCAUCUGGUGUUGA